AUGCUUCUCUCUCCAGCCAGUCUCCCCUCCAUCAGCUCUCGUGACCAUUCCUCGUCGGUGGCCAUGACCAUCAUCGGACACCUCAUCAACUCUGCCCACCUGCCCCUGCCAACGAGUGUGACCGAGGGUCUGGCGAAUGCGCUGCUCAAGCAGGAGAUCUGGGUCUGGUCCAAUCUGACCCCUCAUCCCAACCUCGUGUCUCUGCUCCAACUCCACGAGACGCCCACCCAGACUCUACUGCUCUUUGCCUGGCCCUCCUGA